UAUUUUAACAGAAUAGUAACAGGAUGAUACUCAAGGAUGAUGAACUUAUGGCUAAUAUUUUAUAUUACAUGCUUGAAGAUUACCCUCGUCAUGCUUUGGUUGCUUUAAACUCGGCCCACAAUAAAUAUUCGAACGAUCCGUUUAUCAAACUACUAACUGGUGUCCUAUUAGUAGCAGAAGGCUCAUUUCAAGAUGCUCUAAAGCACUUCAAUGAGCUCAAGACCAAGGAAGAGUUUUCUCUCGCUGCCCUAAUAUGUAUUGCACAUUUACAUAAGAAACUGCCAGAAAUAUAUAAAGAUGUAGUAGAAGAAUGUGAAAACAAGAUAAGAGAGUUCAGGAAGCAUGCUACUGAUAAAUCUCUCUAUUUUGGUGCUCUAUCACUAUUUUUGUUCAAAAGAUACGAAAAGGCCAGAGAAUACGCUGAAAAGGCACUUAAAAGCAAUCCACAAUCGAGGCAGAUAUUAUGUCUGAAUGGAUGGAUUGGAUUAGUGUCUGACAAUGAAGAUUUUCACAGGAAGGCUUUGAAAUAUUUUGAUGAAUCUGAAUAUGACGAGGAAACCAUGUCGAUUGAGUGUUUGAUGGGUAAAAUCAAAUAUUUACAAGUCUCCAAGUCAUUCUCAUCCGCUAUGGAAGUCGUCAAUAUUGUGGUAGUAAAGUUUCCAAACUACGUCCCUGCAUUGAUUGAGAAGAUGCGGAUUCAGUUUGUAUUUCAAGACUGGGAACUAGCUUCAGAUACAGCUAUCAGAUGCCUGUCGAUAGACCCUAAGUGUAUAGAGGCGUUGAAGUUUCAAAUUUUGUGUCUGCUGUGUUACGAAGGAAACAGUAGUGCAGCACUGGAAAAGCUGGAGGAACUCACAAAAGCACUUGAAACAUCAGAACCAAAGUCAUCGAACCAGUAUUUUUUAGUUUCUAGACUGAUAUCUUCAAUCUGUGGUCGUGAGCCUACAAUACUACAAAAGGUUCAGGAACUAUGUGAAAGAGCAGUUGAACUGACUCCUGGAAAUCAUUAUUACCUAAUCAACUUGGGUCAUAUUGUUCUCAUGCAGGGUAAACUAAAGGAGGCAAUUCAGCAUUAUCGAAGUGCGAUAAAUUUGUGCGAAACAAGCUUUGAUGGACUUAAAGCUGUUGUUAAAUGUCAACUUCUUCAAGGCAAUCUACAUGAGGCUUCAACACAACUAGAAUUUUUGAGUGAAUUACAACCAACGACUGGAAGGUCUGCAGAAGUGAGCUAUAUGGUCUCUGUACUUAGACGCAAACAAGGCUUAUCAAUGUCACAGAUACUAAUGCCUUUGAAUGAAGCUAUGGAGUUGCAACUUUCUAAACUUCGGAAUGUCAGUUUGAGCCUUGAAUAUUAUGAACAGUUGAAUCCAGACUUUCUUGUUCAAAUUAUCAGUGAAUAUCUGAUCCAUGCACCACCUCAACCUCCAAAUAUUGGUAGUACAUUUGGAAUAUCUAAUGAUAUGGUAUACAUGAAUCAUCAAGAUGAUUCAGUUCUUAUGCGAUGCUUGCGUAUUUUAGAACCAUUGGCACUUGCAGCUCCUGGUUUUCUAAAGGGAAUAUACCUGAUGGCAUACGUUCAUUAUAUGUUGGGAAACACUACGGUUGCAAUGUCCAAUGUGAAAAAAUGUUUAAAUUUAAAUCCAUCUUUUCUUGAAGGUUAUAUUUUGAUGGCUCAAAUCUAUCUUUAUAUGUCAAAUUUAAAAGCUGCUGAACAAACUUUAGAAACUGGUGUAGGAAAUAAUUUUGAAGUACGUAAUCAUCCAUUAUAUCAACUUGUUCGUGCACGUUUAAUGAAAGGACAAGGUUCAGCUAAAAUAUCAGUACAAAUAUUAAAACAAGCAAUUGCAAAUCUUUCAAAUAAUUCACAACCUUUAAAAUCGAAUGGUUUUGAUUAUUCAUUUGGUAAUAUAACACCAUCUGACAAACUUUCACUGUACACUGAACUUGCUGAUGCAUACAAAACUUUAGGGGAACAACAUGAAGCUACAAAAGUCUUACAAGAUGCUUAUUUAACUUUUGCUGGAACUGUAGAAGUUGCACAAGUUACAAUAGCUAUGGCUAAUUUAGCUUUAGCACAAAAUAAUUAUGAAGCAGCUCUAAGUACUUUAAGACAAAUUCAACCGGAUCAUCCAUAUCAUAUAACUGCACAACAACAUAUGGCCAAUAUUUAUUUACAUCAUAGAAAAGAGAAGAAGUUGUAUAUUGCUUGUUACAGAGAAUUAGCUGAAAAAUUAGAUACAAAUGAAGCUUAUCUUCUAUUAGGUGAAGCUUAUAUGAAUAUUCAAGAACCUGAACAUGCAAUUGAAAUUUAUGAAUCUAUUCUACGUAAAAAUCCUAAUGAUUUACGUUUAGCCAGUAAAAUUGGUCAUGCAUUUGUAAAAAUACAUCAUUACGCGAAAGCUGUAUCAUAUUAUGAGACUGCAGUGAAAACAGGUCAAAAUAGUUUACGAUUAGAUCUAGCAGAUUUACUUAUCAAUAUGAAACAAUUGAAAAAGGCUAGACGUUUACUCAAUUCUAUGUUAACUGAUGAAUUUAUGCAAUCUGCUUCUGAUAUGAAUGAACUACAAGAAUUAUGUCAUGGUUUAAAAUUAUUAGUCAAAUUACAAACAAUUGAAAAUGAUAAACUUGACGAACGAAUUAUUACUUUAAAUAGUCUGAAGUCAAUUCAAGCAAGAUUACUUAAACGUAUCCAGACUACUGAAGUUGGCGAUGUGGUAAAUGAACAAAAGAUCAGUAUGUCAGAAAUUCUUCUACAAUUAGCAUCCGUCUAUAUGUUAGAUAUUCAAACUCAAUGCGGUGAUUAUUUUAACACGAAUCGUUUUAAAGAUGAUGACAUUCAAGCAACAACAAAUUCUAACAAUAAAUUAAACACCAGUUUAUCACAGCAUUUAACUAAGAUUAUUGAUUUCUGUGAAGAGGCUAUCAAACAUGUAUCCAAUAUAACUAAUUUAAAAACAUCCCUUCCCACUCAACAAAACAACAAUGUGAAUUUAAACACUUCCAAUCCAAUGCAGCAUAACAAUGAAUUCAAUCAUAUAACAAUAUCAGCUAUUAAUAUUCAAGCUAAAGCCAUUGUUCAAUUGAUCAAUUUAUACUUGUAUACAAUGGAUUAUGUGAAUUGUGAACAGGAAAUUUUCAAAUUAGCCCAGUUACAGGAAGAAAUUGAGAUGAUUUUCACUAAUGAAUAUCUAAUGAAAAAUGUCAGCAGUGAUUUGAAUUCAGUGAAAAAUAAUACUUCAGUGUCAUUAAAACAAGCACAGAUAAACAAUAAGAUUAAUGAUUCAAUUUUUCUAUCAACUUAUAUGUCCAAUAUACCAUUGGCUGCAAUAUUUAUGUCUAGACUGAUGAUAGUCAAAGGUGAUUUUGAAACAGCAAGUAAACACUUAGAAUAUGUUUUGAAUAAAAAUCCAUGUAAUUAUGAAGCUCUGUCAAGUUUGAUUGAUACAUAUAGGAGAUGCGGUCUAUUGUCAGGUAUCCCAGAGUAUUUAGAUAAAGCUAAAUCACUUGAUCCUCAAGCUGAAAUUUCAUGUGGUUUGAACUACUGUCGUGGACUUUAUCAUUUUUACACAAACGAGUCAUCUGUAGCUUUGAAUUAUUUCAAUCGAUGUCGAAAAGAUGUUGAUUAUGCAGAGAUGGCAAUCUAUCGAAUGGUUGAAAUAUGCAUUAAUCCAGAUAAUCAAUUACUAGGCACUGAACCGAUUUCACUAUCGAACAACCUUAAUAAAAACUCAAAUAAUACAAAUGAUUUUAAUUAUGACGAAGAGUUAACCAAAAACUUCAGUAUUGGUUGUGAAACAGCUGAACAAUUAUUGAAGGAAUUGAAAGUGAUUAAAUUCAAAAGACGAUAUCGUUUUAUUUCAACCCUUCUACUGUUGACAACAGAAUCCAAGGCACGAUUAGAAUCUGCUUUAGAAAUUUUCGCUGAAAUGUCACAUGAAGAUCCGGACAGUGUGGCACCGAUUUACGGUGCAGCCGUUUGUCAUAUCCAAUUAAAACAAAGUCAAAAAGCCAGAAAUCAAUUAAAGCGAUUGGCUAAAGUACCUUGGAAUUUUCAAGAUGCUGAAGAAUUAGAAAAAUCAUGGUUACUUUUGGUCGAUAUGUAUAUACAAAAUGGUAAACUCGAACUUUGUCAAGAAUUGUUAAAAAAAUGUCUCAAAUAUAAUAAGUCAAGCGCUAAAGCUUCUGAGUAUUUCGGUUUAAUCAUGGAAAAAGAACAAAAUUUCGCUGAAGCUGCAAAGUAUUAUGAACAUGUUUGGAAUAAUUCAAAUCAUCGAAACCCAGUUGUCGGUUAUAAAUUGGCUUAUAAUUAUUUAAAAAGUCGGAAUUAUUUAGGAGCAGUUGAAGUUUCACUUCAAGUUUUAUCAAUCUAUCCAAAUUAUCCGAAAAUUCAAAAUGAUAUUUUGGAUAAAGCAAGGCUUAAUUUACGUGUUUAAAUUGUGCUUUUAUGAAGAAAAAACAAAUUUUCUUUCUUUUUUUUAAAUUAAAUAAGCAAAUUCAUGAAUAUAACAACACAAACAAUCACUCACUGGUUUUUCUUGUAUAAUAUUAUACUAAUUUCAAACAA